UCGUUUACGGUCGGACGACGUGAGUACAUCACUCGCACGCGCGUCGUCGUAAGUAUUAUCGUUCGUUUGUCCGCGGAAAUCGUUCAAAUACCGCGCAACUUGGGCGGCGAGAGAAAUUUGUCGUUUAACAGAAAAAAAAAAGGCUAUUUCAAAAUCAAAUAUUGAAAAAACGCGUUUUGCCUCGUUUCCGGUCGGCCGCCGUCGCGCUUUAACGGAUUCCUCGGACCAGAGCUCGGUUUUAUCAGUAAUGAAUAAACCACCAAACAUCAAUGGGAAAUAAAAUAAAAACGUUUUGAAGAAAAAUAACAAUAAUUCCAUAUUAAAAUAUGACGAAAAUACGAUUUGCUGGCUAAAACGCUCUCAUCAUUUUGCCGCAAAGGCAACCUUUCUUUCCAGCCACAGGACACAUUCAAACAAUCACAAAGACACCAUGAACUUGUCAUUGACCGGCGGAGGUGGCGGUGGCAUCAGUGGUGUUAGCAAAUCGGUUAACGUUUCCAGCUACAACAGCGACCACGACUCGGUCAGAGAACGGUACAUGACCGACUACCUAUUGAUAUUUUUUUUCUGCGUGGUCAUACUGACAACUGUGGUGGGCAACACACUUAUUAUAUUGGCCGUGUUCACAACCAGAAGAUUGCGAACCGUGACCAACUGCUUUGUCACUUCUCUGGCAGUGGCCGACUGGCUGGUGGGGACGUUCGUUAUGCCCAUAGCUGUGGUUCACCAUUUUAUGGGCACAUGGGAACUCGGUCGACUGAUAUGUGAUAUUUGGGUGUCGUUGGACGUUUGCCUUUGUACGGCGUCCAUACUUAGCCUUUGCGCCAUAUCCAUAGACAGAUACUUGGCUAUCACCAAACCGUUGCGGUACACAAAACAAAGAAGAUCCAAAAGGUUGGCUUCGCUAAUGAUACUUGUCGUUUGGAUCUUGUCGUUGGUCAUCGCGUGUGCCCCUAUUUUCGGAUGGUACGACGAGAACAGGCACAAAAACAAAAAAUGCGGUUACAAUCAAAACAAGGGGUAUGUCGUGUUCUCGGCCAUGGGCUCGUUCUUCGUACCGUUGGUGGUGGUCGUCUACGUGUAUUUCAAAAUAUCGUGUGUUAUCGCGCAGAGACAUCAAAAUCUGGAGGCGCUCAACGGGCCUAAAUUAAAGAUAUCGCGUUACAGCCACGAUUCAAUAGACAGGGCGGCCGUGGACAUGGACGAGGUGGUCCGGAUCAGCUUACGCAGAGGAGACGAUUGUCGGGUGUCGUUGAAGCGUGAAAACAAAACGGCACAAACGCUGUCGAUAGUGGUCGGAGGGUUCAUCGCUUGUUGGCUGUUCUUCUUCAUCGUGUACCUGAUCAACCCGUUUUUGCCCGAAGGCACCGUUUCGCCGGCGAUCAUGACUUGGCUAACGUGGCUCGGUUGGAUGAACUCGGCCAUCAAUCCGUUCAUUUACGCGUUUGUCAGCCCGGAUUUCAGAAUGGCAUUUUGGCGGUUGACUUGUAGCCAUUGCAUGGACAGCCGCGACUCCAACAACGUCAACGGUUUACACAACAACCGUUCGGCAAGGUACGGCGGCGGUCGGCGGUCCAGAAACCACGUUUAGCGGUGCUGUUUCCAUAGUCGUAGACAACAAUUAUAGCGGAUGCUGUUGCUGCUCUUUGGACGUGUCACGGCCAAGACGGAGAACCGCGCGAAGAGACCAUCUCCGACGACGCGACAUUAGAGGUAGUCGCGGUUUUAGAAAACGGCAAAGAUGGCGUUACGCAUCCGUCAUAAUACACAAUACUAUUGCGAAUAAUAUACAUUUGUCAACCGUUAUUUGGCAUAAAGCCCCAAUAAUAGCUGCAGUCCGACCCUGGACGUGACCCGCCGCACCGCUCUAAAUCUAACUUGUUUUUAAAACGCGACAAGCGUGUUCUAAAUUAUUACAUUGCGGCUAUAUUGGAGAGUAUUGCGCGCCUAUCCCGUGCACUUGGUCCUACUGUUCACACGUCUUGGUCGACACCGUCGGUUACACGUCGCGAGCACACACGCAAUAACUUUUCGCCACCAUGUAUAAAUCACGGUUAAUUCGUUUUUGAUCGGUUCUAAGCAAACGCCAGCACUAUAGUUUGGAAAUAUUGUUUUUACUUGCCGCCGGCCAUACCGACCGAAUCCAAAGUCAAACUAUAAUAACCAGCUGACGGUUUUGACCCGCCGUCAUACUACCGUACUAUAGAGUUCAAUCAAAGACAAUUUGAUUCAGAGGUGCUGCCGUGCUGUGUGUUUCAACUGUUGUAUACUGUACGAUUAAUAAAACAGUCGCUGUUGCCAUGUGUUACCAGAUGGCCAAAAUUAUAUCUUUGUUGCAACGGUACAAUAUAAAAAUAUUAAGAAAAACGCUAUUGUUGUGGUUCAGAUGACCGACCGACUUAUGUAUUAUAAGGACGUCCAUUGUUGUAUUAUUUAGUUCAUGGCAUUGCGUAAGCGGUACCGCUUUGCCUUUGGCAACGACUUUAUAAGUAUAUACUUUUGACUAGGUUUUCGGUCGGGAAUUAUCGUCUUAUGCGAGCGAUACGCGGCAUUAUGAAACUUCUACAAAGAACCAAACUCAAUCAUUUUUAUCAACAACGGCACAUUUUAACUUGCAUAUAUAUAUAUUUAUAUGAAACUCAUUACUUGUAAAAUUAGUUUUCGAUAGAAUAUAAUAUAAUAUUACAACAAUAUUAUUGUAAACAAAAAUAAAUACCUCUAAGGAGCUAUAUUUUCUGGGUAAAUUGAAGAAAAUGAAAAAUUAAACCAAGACAUUUCGAUUACAUAAAGCCCAUUAUCUGUUGUACCAGCUCUAAUACUAAAAAAAUACACACUAAUUAAAUUUUACUAAUUUACUUAUUAUUUUACUACUAAUUUGGAUAUAGUUUUAACUGUAAAGCUACAUUGGUAAUCUUCGACAAUUUCAAUUACUAAGUUCAUAAACACUUAAUUAUAACCGCAGUGCGCAAAUAGGAAAUAAUCGAACUUAAGUCCUGGGUAUACCUGUAUUUAUUUUAUAAUAGUUAUACAAUAUUACAACUUAAUAUUUAGAUUAUUUUUUUUCCCCCUAAUUAUUAAGUAUUUGGUAACUACACAGUUAGUGGCCGCAGAAGUAAUUUAAUGUUCCAAGUAUUUAAAGUUUUUUGUCUAGAAAAUAUUGUAACAGCUCAACAAUUUCUAGCAAAAAGACUAUUUAAAGAGAAAACGUUUUUGAAAAUUACAUAUAUUUCUAAGGAAUAAUGAUAUUUUAAUUUAAAUGUAUACUACUUUUUGACUUAUUUCGCUGAACCGAAUCUGGAUAUUAAUUUUAUCUAGGCUAUCUAGUUAGUUUUGAAAUCGCCGCCAAAUCCUACAUUAAUUCUAAAUUCAAGGGAAAAUAAAACGAUAAGUUCCUCAUUCUAUUUUUUUAGAGUUUACUUUUUUUGAAAUGUAUUUUAGGAAAUUAUUCAAAUGUACAAAACACAGUUUGUAGACCACAAAACGGCGAUUUCACAACUUUUUAAUCAAUUUAAUAUCACAAAAAAAAAUGUAUCCGAAAAAAUAUAAAAUUUUGCUGUAUAAAGAAAAGAUCCACUGUUGUAUUAUUAUAAAUA